GGGCCAAAGUCCGAGUCGCCGUGCCCAAGGGGCUGUAUUAGACCUGGGACUGCACACGUCUGGGACUCUCCGUGUCUCUGUCUGUGUGGCACUCUGAGCCCCCUUUCCUACCGCAGGACACCCUACCCUCAUCGGAUCCCUUCCGGCUGGUCCGUCGCCAUGGCGCCUCGUACCCGAUUCUUGCUCCCUCUCCUGUUGCUGUGCCUCGCCCUGAGGGCCGCCGCCGCCCUGGCCCAGGAGCAGCAGGACGCCCCCGGGGCGACCCCCGCGCCCCCAGAGGGGCUCGGCGAGGAGCGGGCCCCCGUGGCCUCCCAGCCUGAGCCCAGCGGCACCCCCCCGGCUCCCAGGGCCCCCCCGGCCGAGCCUCAGGAGGAGUCCGACUGGGGCCUCAACUACAUCCGCGAAACCUUCCAGGCCGCCAACGGGUACUUCGAGUCCAUCGUGGAGAUGAUGGGAGGUCGCAACGGCGUGUGUCAGUACCGCUGCCGAUACGGAAAAGCUCCUCUUGCUCGGCCUAACUACAAAACCCCAGAACCCAACGGCUGCAGCUCCUCCCUGCUGGGAUUACAGGUUCCUGAAAGCCUGGACCUGGGGAUCCCUGCCAUGACAAAGUGCUGCAAUCAGCUGGACCUCUGCUAUGACACCUGCGGCUCCAACAAGUACCGCUGCGACUCCAAGUUCCGCUGGUGCCUGCACGGCAUCUGCUCUGACCUCAAAAGGAGCCUGGGCUUCGUGUCAAAGGUCGAAGCUUGUGAGUCAGUCGCAGACACCCUGUACAACACUAUUUGGACUCUGGGCUGCAGGCCCUACAUGAACAGCCAGAGGGCAGCAUGCUUCUGUGAAGGAGAGGAAAGGAACGAGCUGUGAGUGGCCAUCCAGAGCAGAACAGCGCAGCGCAGCACAGAGAAGAAUACCCAACACAACGCAGCACAGCAUGGGAAUUCACAGCACAGCAUAGGAACACACAGCACAGCAUAGCACGGCACAGCAUAACACACAGCACAGCAUAGCACAGCAUAGAAACACACAGCACAGCGCAGCACAGCAUAGGAACACGCAGAACAGCAUAGGAGUGCAAGCACAGCACAGCAUAGCAUAGGAAAAUACAACACAACACAGCACAUCCUGGCAUACACAGAACAUAGCACAGCAGAGAACAAUGAUAAAACACCUGCACACAACAUACAAACACAUACAAACACACACUUUAUAGAUUACCUAUCAUCAGUGAGAAUGUGGAGACUGAACAGUACCAUGGCAACCACACCCCCUCAAGUCACACACAUAUACACACAGACAAGCCCAUGUUCGCUGUAUAACUAGCGCUCGUUGAACACCCACAUUGCACUGCUGGAGUUGCUGGUCCUGACUCCCAAAGCUGUUUAAAGGCUGACCUUAUUUAGGAUAGAUAUUAAUAGAGCUCUCACUGAGUCCUCCUCACUGGUAAAUUAAUAGACGAAGGCAGUAUUAGCAGUCUUUUUGUUAUGGAUUUUUUUUUAAAGAAUCUCCAUAAAGGGCUACUCUAAAAUUGCUUUACAGAAAGGUGCCAUUAUCACAGGUUUGGAAAGCAGUCCAACCACAGUAUCCAAUGUGGUAGCAGGGCAAUAUUACCACAGUGUUGCGUCGCAUCGCAUUCUAUUAUAUAUUGCUUCAUAUUAGCUGCUGACGUUAUGUCUGUCAGGACACCAAAGUGAAUAUUUAUAAUGUGUGAAGAUACUGUAUUUACCCAGGUCCUGCUGAUUACAUUUGCUUGGGUCAGUUAAACACUGACCCAGGCAAACACAUUAAAGGAACAAAUGAAGCCACUGGAACAAAAAUAUGAAUUGCUGUAUUAAAUGGAUGUAUUAAAUUGGGGCAUGCUGUAAUAUUACAUGCAGUUGUGGGAAAUUGAUUGUAUAAAUUAUUUUGAUGCGUGCAGACGAAGAAGUAUACAUUGUACUAAUGUUGUUAAUAUUACUGUUGCUCACAAAACAGUGUUUUAAGUUAUUAAAUGUUCAGGUUUUCUUUUUGUGUUUCUGCAUCCGGUGAUGAUGAAUGAUGUAAUCAGCCUCGGAGUUGUAUUUCUCUCCCUGGAUUUAAUGGCAGUUUUCUUGCUUUAUUUUUUAAAAAUAAAAGCGAUCAAUAAUU